AUGAAGAUUGUCGGCAUUGAAGGCAUCAUUGAAUCCGAUGUCAAACAAUUGGCCCAAGAAAUCAAUGCACAGAACAUUAGUUAUAAAUAUAAAGACAAUCUUCAACAACACAAAAAUAGCAUUCAUUUAAAGUUGAGAUUUAUUUGUGAUUUCAAUGAAUGCCACAAACGUUUUACAGCAAAACAGCAUUUAUUUCGUCACAAAAGUUGUGUUCAUUUGAAUGAAAAGAAAUUCAAAUGUAAUGAAGAAAAUUGCGGCAAAUAUUUUGGUCAGAAAUACCAUUUUAAUGAACACAAACGCAUACAUUCGGGAGAAAAACCAUUUGUUUGUCAUUUCAAUAAUUGUAACAAAUGUUUUUCCGAUAAAUCUAAUUUCAACAAACAUAUUCAUAAACAUAAUAAUAUAAAACUAUAA